AUGGGUCGCACAAAGCAGACCGCACGCCGCGGCAAGCCGAUCCCAGUGACAUCCACUGUCGAUUUUCAUGAACAAUGGCCUGCCCAUUUCAUUGAUCAACUGCGUGCGCACCUCGCCGAUCACGAAACACUGCCAGAGACCCAAGAGACAGACGAACCUGCAGCUAAACGAGUUAAAAGAUCCAACAGCGACAUUAAAGCGCUACUUGUAGGAAAGGAAUCUCUAGAAGUUGCGCGGAAAUACCCAAGGGAACUGCUUUCCGACUCAUCGAAACAGUCAACCAUUUACCGCAAUGUUGGCCCCCUCCUGCAUGUUGGAGAGAGACAUGGCAAAGAAUUGAUCAUUGCAUCUCGCGCCAAGUCUGGGGCUCCAAUACACGCAGUCGUACCGGUCCAUCCGAACGCAGUGUCUCGGCGCUUAUCAACGUGCUUGAGCCUUUUCAACAGCGGUAAGUGGAAGGAGUCAAGUGAGGAGGGCGAAAUAUGGGUGUCGCUCGAUGUGGCCAUCUCCACACUGGGAGAUCACCUCCAGUUAGAGUUCCGCUUCUGUCUACACUGGAACGAGACAAGAACACCCUAUAGCCGACUGCGUUCAACGUUCGAGAGAAAACAAAGCCAUAAGAUCCUCGAUACCUUCUUGUCCGAUGGCUCUAAUAUCAUUGCAUCCGGGAGGCAGAGUUGGUCGCCGCUCGACUUCUACGAAGCGGCGCACGUUCCUCCCUCUGACGAUGAGAAUGGCCUCACAAUCGAUGUUCCGGAACUGACGGCAUCAUUAUAUCCUUAUCAGAAACGAACUCUCAACUGGCUUUUGAAGCGAGAGGGCGUCUGCUGGAAGAAUUCGCCUGAUGGGAGUUCGGUCGGACUUAUCGAAGAUUUCCCGGCUUCCAAGGAUCUUGAUAAUGCGCUCACUUUUCGCAAGACACAAGACGCACUCGGCAGAGACUUUUAUGUCAGCCACGUGUAUCAUGUUGUCACCAGCGAUCUUACGCCCUUCCAGCAGGCGGAACAAUAUGUCAGGGGUGGCAUUCUUGCUGAGGAAAUGGGUCUUGGAAAAACCCUUGAGGUUAUUGGUCUGAUCGCGCUCCAUCGUCGGCCAGAUGGCGAAGGCAAUGCGGUCGUCACUGGGGAGGGAGAAGAACUCCUCGCCACGGGCGCAACGCUCAUUGUCUCACCCAGCUCACUGAAAGAGCAAUGGAUGUCGGAGAUUCAACAGCACGCGCCUCAUCUCCGAGUCAAAUACUAUCCCGGCCGCAAGAAUGUGGGUUUUGAGAACGAAGAGCUGCUCCGCAAAGAUCUGGCAGCUCACGACAUUAUCGUAACUACCUACUCCAUCCUAACUUCUGAGCUUCACUACGCCAUCAAACCACCUGAGAGAUCCCGAAGACAAGAGAGGAAGUACGAGAGACCUGCGUCUCCACUUACGCAGAUGCUUUGGUGGCGAAUCUGUCUUGACGAAGCCCAGAUGAUCGAGAGUGGUGUUACAGGUGCUGCUGCGGUCGCCAAAGUCAUACCUCGAGUCAAUGCUUGGGGCGUAACAGGAACCCCAGUCAAGAACGACGUUAAAGAUCUGUUUGGUCUUCUCAACUUCUUGCGUUAUGAGCCCUACGCCUCCUAUGCGCCAGCUUGGAAAGCCUUGACGGACUCUCACAAGCCCCUCUUCCGAUCACUAUUCGCCUCCAUCGCUCUACGGCACACAAAGCAGCUCGUCAGGCAUGAGAUUGCUGUGCCACCGCAGAAGCGAUUUGUGAUAACUUUACCGUUCACAGCCGUCGAGGAACAGUACUAUGGCGAGAUGUUCAGAAACAUGACCCGAAACUGCGGCCUGGAUAUGGCCGGCAAUCCCUCCAGUAACGAUUGGAAGCUCGAGCAGUAUGAAACCGAGAUGCGGGCAUGGCUCAAUCGACUUCGACAGGCAACUCUUCAUCCUGAGAUUGUUCAACGACGAGGAAAUGGAAGAAAGGUCGGUCCCAUGCGGACGGUCGACGAAGUAUUAGACGCUAUGCUUGAGCAGGGCGACAACGAUAUCCGAACUGAGCAAAGAGCAUACUUUCAGGCACGUCUUCUUCGCGGCCAAAUGUUAGAGAAUGGUCCGAGAGUGAAGGAGGCCCUGGAAAUAUGGGGAAAGGUCAAGAAAGAUGCUUCAGUCCUUGUUUCGGAGUGCCGAGAAGAGGCAGAAGACGCGCUGAAAGAGUUGAGGUCUUCCGGCUCAAAUCAGGAUUCGAUAGUUGACUUUCCCUCUGACGAAGAUGAUACCGAGGAAACGGACGAUCUCUCGGGAGUAGGCCGCGUUGGCGAGGCUCGAACGAGACUUCGCCAUGCGUUGGAAAUCCUGCAUAAAGCAACCUUCUUUUGUGCCAAUGCGUUCUUCCAAAUUAAGUCAAACAGCGACCUCACAGAGCCGGAAUCUGAUGACCACAAGAAAUUGCAGCAAUUAGAAGAUUCCGAAUACAGCAAAGCCCAGGAAAUUCGUCGAGAGAUUCUGUCCGAAAGUCAUGCAAAGGCCAUGUCACUGGUCAAUAAGCUAGGACGGCAGGCUCAAUCACAAACGUUCGUGGACAUACCGGAGCUUGCAGUCAACUUGAACAAGGGCUUGGAGAGCGCAGGUGCCCUUGAAAAGCUCGAAGAGCUCUAUGGUGUCCUCAAUGAACAAGCGAACAUCAUUGACGAGUGGAGAGAAGCCGUCAUUAGGCUACUUUCCCAGCCACUGAUCGACGAGGAAGCUGAGGUCGAAAACACGGGUGAAGAGUUCACAGACUCUACAAAGACCCAAGAAGAACUCAUCGUAUACGUACAAGUGCUACGUGCGGCUGUUGCUGAUCGUCAGGAUGCGAUUUCGGGUCUCGAAAAUGCGCUCGUGAAGCACGAGACGAAGGUCUCACUGAUAACUGCCAAGGCGGAUGAGGGUCCGGCCCCGGAGCAAAUGAUAGCUCUUCACCAACUCAGAGACAAGGUCAGGCCAGACAGAGAUCGGCAUGGUUCAGUACGAGGCGCCAUUGCCGAGCUUCGAGCGAUCGCCUCGCGGUUGCCGCAGGACGGCGAUGGGCGCGCGAGCGUUGAGCGUGAAAUCGUUGUCAGGCAGAUUAGAGAAACUCAGGCACAUAUCACCGCGCAGACCAAGGCCGCGACGGCGCUCGAGCGGGAGAUGGACAGGUUCACGAGUGCCAUGAAUGCCAGAGUCGAGUAUUAUCGACAGUUACAGGCCGUGUCCGACAGUGUGGCCCCGUACGAGGGCCCCAACAACCAGCAAGCCAUUGAUUCAUGCAAGGUCAAUGAGGAUCAAGCCCGUCAAAAGUUCGACGCCGCAAGGGCAAAACACAGAUACUUGCUCAACCUGAAGGAAGCCGGGACACAGUCAAACGAGCCCCGGAUGUGCAUCAUUUGCCAGUCAUCAUUCACGAUCGGUGUCCUUACUGUCUGUGGCCACCAGUUCUGUAAAGACUGUAUAAAACAGUGGUAUCGGGCACAUCAUAACUGCCCAAUGUGCAAGCGAAAGUUGAGACUUACUGAGCUUCACGACAUCACGUUGAAACCGAGAGAGGUCAAGUUGCUCGAAGAAACGACAACAUCGACAUCGCAUGAGCCCAAAGACAAGAACGCAAAAACCAAUGGCAUUUACUCACAAUUUGGCUCUGAGAAGAUUGCUCAAAUCAAGGAUAUCGAGUUAGCGGGCCUAUCGUAUGGCAGCAAAGUGGACUCGAUCGUGCGCCAUAUCAUCUGGCUGAGGAAGACCGAUCCCGGUGCCAAAUCGAUUAUUUUUACUCAAUACCGCAGUUUCUUGGGCGUCCUGAGCGCCGCGUUCUUCCGCUACAAGAUAGGCUUCGCGUCCAUUGACUCGUCAACCGGGAUCCAGAGAUUCAAGGAAGAUCCGGGCAUUGAAAUAUUUAUGCUCCACGGACGGGCACAGUCUAGCGGUCUCAACUUGGUAAACGCGAGCCAUGUAUUCCUCUGCGAACCAUUGCUAAACACGGCCCUCGAGCUCCAAGCUAUUGCGCGGGUCGACCGAAUUGGGCAGAAGCACGAGACAACGGUGUGGUUGUACUUGAUUGAAGGGUCAGUUGAAGAAUCCAUUUACAACCUAUCAGUCAAACGGAGGAUGGAGCACAUGGGCAAAAACUCGAAAGGGAAAGGGAAGGAAUCCACCCCCGAGGUAGCAGAGCCUACACUAGAGGCUGCGAAUACGCUCGAACUCGAGACGGCUUCUCUCAAUCAUCUCAUGAGCAAAGACAAAAAUGCGGGAGAAACGGUAGAAGCGGGUGACCUUUGGGAAUGUUUGUUCGGAAGCGUUCCUAAACGCAUUACGGCGAGUGUGGCGGAAGGCAUCAUUGCCGACAGUAGAGAGGAUUAG